GGUAUUAUCGACAGAAAUAGGUUUUGUUUAAUUUAUCGCAAUUCGCAUUGUUAUGUCCUGCAGUUGUGUUAGUGUCACACGGUUAUUAGUAAUAUUAGAACAAAGUUUAUAAUCCAUCUGUAUGUAAGACUGUGCAAAAUUUAAACUUUCUGAAUUACACAAGAACGUGUGACUUCAAAUAGUAAAUGAAUUCGUUAGGAGAAUUACUACUACUACUACUAGAAAAAGUGUAAUCUCGAAUGUGAUAGGAAAUACCAGAUUUUAAGGCAUUGUCACUCAGUCCAUUCUACCCAAGUACCAUAGAAUAGAUCCAAAGAAUUUACUAGAACGUUUAGAAGAUAUGAUGCUCAAAGAUAAAGAGUGCCAUUAUGUAAACAGUCUGAAUGCCAGUGACCAGUGUAAUUUUGUGAAGAAUGCAAGCAACUGUCAAAAUAGUGAAAGCUACAUUAAUUACAUUCAGUUUUUCUACUGUUCUUUUGGAUCUGCAGAAACUGUAGCUCCCUUCAUUGUAAUGGUUGUUUGGGUUAUCAUCAUGUUCAUAGGCCUUGGUGUGACAGCAGAUGAUUUCCUGUGUCCUGCUUUGAUCGUAAUUUCCAAAACACUUGGUUUGUCACAGAACGUUGCUGGAGUGACAUUUUUGGCCUUAGGAAAUGGUGCCCCAGAUAUUUUUUCAUCUCUUGCUGGCAUACAGCAGCAAAGACCUCAGCUGGUGAUUGGAGCAUUGUUUGGUGCUGGUAUAUUUGUGACCACUGUGGUAGCUGGCUCUGUCUGUUUAAGCCAAGAAUUUACUGCAAAGCAUUUUUCUUUUCUGAAAGACAUGGUGUUCUACUUAGGUGCUACUUACUGGGCAUUUUACUUAUUUAGUAAAAAAGAAAUAACAUUAAUAGAUGCCACUGGAUUUUUAGUGCUGUAUGUUAUCUACAUUACUGUUGUCAUUGUGGGCCAAAUAAUUUAUCAGAAGCUUAAAAAAAGACAAAGAGAUAAUGCCAUCAUAAAUCAAGAAGAGGUUUCUUCAGUGUCCAGCAUGCAGGAUGAUAUGAAUAAUAGACAACCAGAUGUUUCUUUUUCACGUACAUCAUCUGUGGAUGAGAAUCAAUAUAGCCAUUCCCUUGUUGGAUCACAUCUUGAGCAUUUUAUUUCUCAAGUUAUAAACACUGCACAAACAGAUGAAGAAUAUGAAAAUACUGGAGAAUCAAUGGCAACCAGAGAAACUACAGAUUGUGUUCCAAGUAUAAUUUUAACUGACCCGAUGGAAAUAUCUCCAUGGAAGGAUUUUUUGUUCCAUCUAUCACCAUUUGAAAUUCAGGAGUGGAAGAAAAAAAGCUGGUUCUUUCGUAUUUUUGAAAUAGUGAAGGCACCUGUGUAUUUCAUUCUCACAGUGACCACUCCAGUAGUUGAUUAUAAAAAUGACAGAGAUAACUGGUGCCGUUACCUCAAUGUUUUACAGAGCUUUACAAGCCCCAUGGUCAUCUUCACAGCAACUGGAAGCAAUUUCCCACUGUGGGUUUUGAUGAGUCUGAUAUCUCUACUACUUGCCAUUGUGGGGUUUAUUACAUCAUCCAAUCACACACCUCCAGUAUAUCACUGGAUUUUUGGCUAUGUGGGAUUUGGAGUGUCGGUUACCUGGAUUUAUACCCUAGCUAAUGAAGUUGUUUCAUUACUACAGGCAGUAGGAAUAUUGAUGGACCUGAGUGAUGCUAUUCUUGGACUAACUGUACUUGCUUGGGGGAAUAGUCUAGGAGAUCUUGUUUCCAAUAUGUCAGUGGCCAGAAUGGGUUUCCCUCAGAUGGGUUUUUCUGCUUGUGUAGGAGGACCACUAUUAAAUUUGCUUCUUGGAUUUGGAUUGCCUUACACAUUAACUCUGGCAAAAAAAGUACAUCCCCUAAAGUUGCAGUUUACUCGGCAUGUUGAAUUACUCUAUGGAACUCUUACGACUUCUCUUGUGUCUACUUUCAUCAUUCUACCAUUGUUAAAGUUCAAAGUGAAGCGUGUGUAUGGUGUUUACCUAAUAUUAAUUUAUCUAGUGUUUAUUACCUUAGCCAUAUUGAUGGAAAUUCGAAUAGUAUAAGUCAUAGUAAUUAUAUGAUAUAACUUAUUUCUCAAAUUGAAGUAAGUAUUCCUUAAACUUUUAGUUUUAAAAUGUCACUACCUUAAUGUUACAAUAAAAUAAUUAAUUAGAAUUGAAAACUUCUUUACCAAAGUUUGUAGUUGUUGUGUUGUUUUCUCUGGUCGUAACAGAAAGUAUGUGUAUGAUUACAAUAUGGAGUAAAGGUAUAAAGCAGUAUAAUUCCUAGUCAAUAUUUUCAUAAGCACUAACUUUUUUACUGUUUUUUUU